GACAAAUGCUAGCUGCUCCAUUCCAAGACGUCAAGACGGAUUCUGAGGAAAAUCAAAACGCGUGUGCGUGACCUCCAGCUGCAGAACAACAAGGAGUUUCUCCUGACCCUCAUGGCCGAUGGUCAUCAGCCUCUCCAGCAUGUAAAGGAGGCUCAGAUCUAUCAGAAGCUGAACCACUUCAACCGACAGGAUGUGAACACCUUCCCUCAGAGAUUCUUUGUUAAUGAGGCGUACUGGCAGCGUCCUGAUGGUCCAGUGUUCCUCUUCAUUGGUGGAGAAGGGCCCAUCUAUGAGUUUGAUGUUCUGGCAGGUCAUCAUGUUGCCAUGGCUAAAGAACACGGCGCCCUGCUGCUGGCUGUGGAACACCGUUUCUACGGCAACAGCAUCAACCUUGACGGACUAAAAACGGAGAAGUUGGUUGACCUGAGCAGUCAGCAAGCGCUUGCUGACUUGGCUGUAUUUCACGAGUACAUCAGCCAGAGCUUCAAUCUGAGCUGCAGGAACACCUGGAUCAGCUUUGGAGGCUCGUACUCUGGAGCUCUAUCAGCCUGGUUCAGAGGAAAGUUUCCCAGUCUGGUGUUUGGAGCCGUGGCCUCGUCAGCUCCGGUCAUGGCAAAGCUGGACUUCUCUGCCUACAACAAUGUUGUUGGUUUGAGUCUGAUGAACGAGGCAGUCGGAGGCUCACAGAAGUGUCUGGCUAAAGUGCAGGAGGCGUUUGUUGAUGUUGAAGCAGCGCUGAUGAGUGGAAACUCUAGCCAGGUGGCCAAAGACUUUGGCUGCUGUCAGACCCCCAAGAAUCCUAACGAUCAGGUUGAGUUGAUGCAGAACCUGGCUGACAUCAUCAUGGGAACAGUCCAGUACAAUGAAGAGGGGGUGCUCAUGUCCAUAAAGGAGCUCUGUGAGGUCAUGACCAACACCAGUGAUGCAAACAAAGCAGAGAUGGGAGCCUAUCAUCGACUUGUUAAACUAUCAGAGCUCUACCGCUCCAGCUCUGAUGAGUCAUGCCUGGACAUUUCUCAUGAGAAAGCCAUGAAGGACCUGCUGGACACGUCUGUCCACACCGGCAGAAGAGCUGAGAGACAGUGGACCUACCAGACCUGCACUGAGUUUGGCUUCUACCAGACCUGUGAGGACAGCACCUGUCCAUUCUCUGGGAUGCUGACCCUGCAGGCUCAGACUGAGCUCUGUGCCAAGGUGUUUGGGAUUUCCCAGCAUUCCCUUCCAGCACGUGUCGCCUUCACAAACAGUUACUACGGAGGAGUGGACCCACACACUCACAGGGUUCUUUAUGUCAACGGAGGAGUGGACCCGUGGAAGGAGCUGUCAGUGGUUCAGGACAGAAGCGAGGAGGGAGACGAGGUUCAGACUGUUUUCAUUGCAGACACGGCUCACUGUGCUGACAUGUCAAAUCCAAGACUCACAGACCGCCUGUCACUCAGGAGAGCCAGACAGGAGAUUCAGCGACAUGUUGCCAGCUGGUUGAGGACAGCCGACACACAGAAGAAGAAACAAGAAGGUUCCAGUAGAACCUGAAUCUGAUCUCGUCAUGCUCCUCUAUUAAUCUGUCCUCUGCCCCAUCAUCCCUGUUCACUAUUUGCUUUUUACUUUUUCCUUUUGUUUCUUCAGUAACAGUGAAGGUUUGAGUUUAAUUGGAGAGAAGCACUAUGAGAGGUUUGAAUUGCCUUCCAGCUCACUAACAUUUAUGUGCUGAUAAAAUUACUUGUAUUUUAUUUUUUCUGCAGCAUUUAUCAGCUGUUGUUCCCUUGGCCCAUCACUAGGGUGUGAUGUUGCAAC